AUGUUCAAGUUAAAUAUUUCUAAUUUAUUAUUGGUGAUAUUUGCUCUGAACAAUAUUAGUGUUGACGGUCAAAUAAACAACGUGAGAUUGGUCGACCACGCAGAUUAUAUGAUAACAGUAAUACAGAAGACAGUAGAAGAAUUUGAAAACAGGGAAUGGUGUAAUUUCAAACUGCCUGACGUCGUUCAGGAAAUAAAUGAGGUCAUUUUCGGACAAGAAACAAAAGGAACAGUUAAGUACGCCAACGGUUUCCUGGUCUCCGUACAGCAUUUGGACAUAAUGCAGUCGACUGUCCAACAAUUUUGGAACCGUACACACCCAGGGCUGGUUGAAGUCAGGGGAAGGUUGAGGAUGCAUGAUGUGACAGUAGGGUUUGAUAUAUUGACUAACUUGGAUGGUGAGCACAGAUAUUCUGGAACUUAUAGGCAUCCAAUGGUAAAUUUCGACUUUACGGUACAAAAGGAUUUAAAUAUUGACGAGCUGAGCGUGAGUGUGAUUGGUUCAGUACCGAAUAGCAAUAAUUUGGUGCGCUUCCUGCCCGAAGACCGCAUUACUGAUAUUCUGAAUACUGUGUACAACAGAGCGUCAUCAACGCCAGGAAUUGUGGACUGGGCCUUCGAAAUCAUUCAGCCCAUAGCCGAUGAAAUCGUACAAAACGAAGUACAAUUCCCGAUCGUAUGCUACAACUGUCCUGUCAGAUAA